AUGGAUGAUGCGUUGAAUCGACACUUUCUGAAUUGGGAACAACCCGCAAUCGAGAGUGCGAUCCAAUGGUGCAUGGACCACUACCUCAAUCCACGCAAUGAACUGGAUCUCGGGAACCUGACCAUCAUCACACCCGGCCGGCGCGCCUCGCGUUUGUUCCUCAGCCAACUCGUUGACCAUUGCCAAUCGCUUGGCAUCCCUCUGAUCCCUCCAUCGCUCUGCACUCCCAGCAACAUCGCACGCCAAAUCCUGUAUUUUCCAUACCCACAAGCGACUGAGAUGAGCAAGAAACUUGCUUGGGUCAAAGCACUCCAGGAAACCGACCCCCAAGACCUCAGCGUAAUCGUGCCGAAUCCCCCUGAACCAAGCCGCUGGGAUCAAUGGAUGGGACUCGCUAGCUGGCUCCAGUCCACGACAUCCCAGCUCAGCGACGCUGGACUUCGAAUGAAUCAAGUCCACGAUAGAGCAGAGUCAUUGCUGUUGGAUUCUGAGCUACAACGCUGGGACAUCUUGGGAAUGAUCCAGAACCGAUACGAGCAGCUUCUCCUCGAUCAUGCAACUGUCGAUGAUCAUCUUGAAUCGCUCAAAUGUAUCCAGCGGCCCGACUUGCAGGAUCAAGCUCAGAAUGACUUCGUGCUCCUGGGAGUGCCUGAACUCGGAUAUAUCCCGAAAUCGUGCAUCACUCAGAGUCCUUACCAGUUCACUGCACUCGUCUUUGCACCAGAGUCCAUGUCGGUUCGGUUCGACGAGUUUGGCUGUGUGAAAACCACUGAAUGGAUUGACCUCGAUCUGGACAUUGAAGAAAGCCGAAUCCAGUUUUCAAUGGAUCCAAUUUCCAUGUGCGAAGAGGGACUCGCUCAGCUUUCAAAGCGUUCUAAUCCGCUCGACACAACUUCGUGCGUCAUCGGACUCGCCGACGAGUCAAUCAAGGGAACACUCCGAAGAACCACAGCGAUGAUUAGUCCAUCGCCUGGAAUCACGAUUCAUGAUCCUGCAGGCAAGCGAGUCCGCACUACCAGCGUCGGCCGGCUGAUUGAACUCAUCUACAACUUCCUCGGGGACCAAACUUACACCACCCUCUCCGCCUUGAUCAGACACCCUCACUUCGAGCAGGCAUUGACCGCUCGAUACACCGAAGAAUAUCCAGACAAGCGCCCACCCAACGCGAACUGGUUGCACGCUGUUGACGAGCUCCUUCAGGACCAUGCCCUCGUCAACUCCAAUCAACUCCCCAAAGGUGUACGGGAUUCGACCGAAUCUGAAGCCCGAUUUGUUCUCAAUGCAACAUUGGCAAUGCUCGAUCACCUGACACAACUCCCAAUAAGCGAACCAACGCUCGAUGAGUGGUCAGCUCGUCUCAUCCUGACCCUCAAACGCAUUUAUGACUGCGUAGAAAUCGACGAAUCAUCACUGAAUCAUCGAAAUCACAUCAGUCAACUCCAAGCGGUUCAAUCAAUCCACGAAGAUCUGUUGAUCGCCAAAUCGCAUGGACACGAUCUCCCUAAACUCUCCGCGACCAGCGCACUCUCGAUCAUCUUGUCCCGCCUCGGAGAAAUCCAUAUCCCUGACCAACCCUCUGCGAACUCCAUCGAGAGCGUUGGCUGGCUUGAGCUUGCACUUGAUCCCUCACCGAUUGCCAUUGUCCUUGGAAUGAAUGACUCAGCCAUUCCGGGAUCGGUCACGCACGAUCCGCUCCUCCCCGGCACUCUCCGAGCACAACUGGGCAUGAGGACCAACACGGAUCGACUCGCACGCGACUCGUAUCUUAUGACCGCGAUCAGCAAAUCACGCGAUGCCGUAUUUAUGACCGCACGCACAUCAACAUCCAAUGAACCAACUACCCCAAGCCGAUUGCUUUUCCAAAGCGAGGGUAAGCGUCUCGCGUCCCGCAUGCGACGCUUUGUUGAUCACGAAGCUGACAAAUCAACGCGGUACAAACUAUCGCAACCAAUCAAACCAAGCUCGAUUGAUCAAUCACUGCGACAACUCACAAUAGGGAAAGAUUACCAACCUCCUGAGUCCAUGAGCGUGACGGAGUUUGACGCGUACCUGCGAUCUCCAGCAUCGUGGUAUAUCGAGCGAGCAUUACGAUUGCGUGAGAUUCAAACGGAUGCACGCGAACUCAACGCGUUGCAGAUCGGGAAUCUUGCCCACGCUGUGCUUGAUGCGUUUGGCAAAGACGAGACGAUGCGUGUGCUUGACGAUCCAACAAAGAUCAACAGUGCUCUCCAGCACUUGCUCAAUGAUCGCUUUAUCCAUACCCAUGGCUCAUCGCAUCCUGGUGCGAUCAAGGUCCAGUUCGAGCUGCUCAGUUAUCGACUCCAGCUCUUUGCACAGCAUCAAGCAAUGCGAACCAAAAUGGGAUGGGUGAUCACGCAUACCGAAUGGACCCCACCCGAGUCCGCAAAGACACAACUCGAUACCGACGAUCAACCAAUGCCUCUGCGCGGGAAGGUCGAUCGCAUCGAUAUCCAUCCAGAUGGGAAGAUCGCGGUCAUCGACUACAAGACUGGACGUGUCACCGAUCCCAUCAAAGCUCAUUUCAUCGAAGAUGAAUGGAUCAAGCUGCAGCUGCCGCUCUACCGACACCUCGUUGCCGAGCUGAUCGACGGGCGUGAACUUGUACUCGGAUACGCCGGUCUUCCAUCGUCCGAAAGCGAUGAUGUGUGGAAAAUCGCUCAAUGGGAUCAAGAGCAACUUGAUGACGCUGACCGUACUGCCGUCCGGAUAGUGAAUGAGAUCCGGGCUCUCAAGUCCGGCGAUCCACUCCCAGAAGGCGAUUACCCUCCGAGCGCUGGGAUUGCUGGAUUCAUCACAGGCAAUCGCUUUGAGUUAGGACGGGGGGGACCAAUGACCCCCAAGUCUCCUCAUACAAUCGUCCGCGCCUCAGCCGGUUCGGGAAAAACCUACCAGCUCGCCAACCGCUUCAUAUCAAAGCUCAUCGCUGGCGAGGAUCCUUCAACAAUUUUCGCGACAACAUUCACCAAAGCUGCCGCUGGAGAGAUCCUCCAUCGUGUACUGCUCAGACUGAGCAACGCGGUCCUUGAUGAGAAGUCCCUUAGUGAACUCCGUGAUGCGAUCAACACGCCGAGUCUCAGCUCCAACCAAUGCGCCGAUGUGCUUGCCUCACUGUGCAAGAAUCUCCACAAGCUCUCGAUCCAGACGAUGGACUCAUACUUCUUUCGUCUUGCCAGUUCCUUCGCGCCGGAGCUUGGUCUGCCAACCAAGUUCCGCAUGCUCGACGAAGAGGAUCUCACAGCGCUCCAAGAGUCGAGCGUCGAUCAGACGAUCGAUGCGUGCGAGAUCCGUGAACUCGUUGAGAUCCUCCGCUCCCUCGGAGGGGACCGAAUCCGCAUGAUGGCGCACGAUUCGAUCAUGCGUCUUGUCCAGUCCGCGUACUCGAUCUAUCUCGCGUCGAAUGGACGAGCAGAGCCUUGGAACGCUGAUGGAUUCGCGGGUGUGAAACACACCCAAGACGAGCUUGAUCACGCACUCGAAGAAUUUGAUCAGCUAGAGCUCCCAUCGAAGAAAGAUGGGAAUCCCGAUAAACGCUGGCUCAAUGCUCGCAACGACAUCAGAGAAUAUGUCAACACCUCGCAAUGGGAAGCACUCGUUGACAAAGGGCUCGGGAAGCUGGUUCUCAACUGGAUCAUCGAAGGCGAGUUGGGAAGCUACUACAGCAAAGAAUGCAGUGAAGAAUUCGCGCAAUGCCUCGAACCCAUUGUCGAGCACGCGCAGUUUGUCCUCACCGCUCAGCACGCCGCCCGCAGCGCCGCAACCUACUCGCUCAUGAAACGCUACGACGACGCGUUCCGCAGCGCCAAGAUGAACAGCGGCCAACUCUCGUUCGAUGACCCCCCCAGACUCCUCAACGAAGCGGCGAUCCAAGGCGAGCUUGAGCACAUCUUUUACCGACUCGACGCACGGAUCCGUCACAUCCUCCUUGAUGAGUUCCAGGACACUUCGAUGCCCCAGUUCAGACUCUUUGAGCCGAUCCUCGACGAGUUGCUCAGCCAAGACGAGGAAGAACGCUCUGUCUUCAUCGUCGGCGACAUCAAGCAAUCGCUCUAUACAUGGAGACAAUCCGAACCCACGCUGCUCAACGAGCUCUCAAACCGCUGGAGCACUCUUGAGGAAGAAUCUCUCUCCAAGUCAUGGCGAUCAUCCCAACGGAUCCUCGAUGCCACGAACGCGGUCUUUGGUGAUCUGAUCAACAAUCCCGCUGUACAGAGUUCUUCCAUCGCACAAAGUGUCGCACGCCAAUGGGACGACCAGUACGAAACGCACAAAGCCGCCAAAGCAUUGCCCGGCCAUGUCACUCUGAGCGUUGCCGAUAGCGAUGAGGACGACAAUGCGUUGACAAACGAUGAAGUUCUCUGGGCGUGCGCCAACCAAGUCGCCGAGAUCCAAUCCCAUCAGCCUGAUGCAUCGAUCGCGAUCCUUGUGCGCCAGACCAAGCACAUCUAUCCGCUCCUCACGAUGCUGAAUCAACUCGAGAUCGAGGCAUGCGAAGAUCGAGGGAAUCCGCUGGUCAAUGCGCCGUGUGUAGCUUCAGCGAUCUCAAUGCUCGAGUUCAUCGAACACCCCGGAAACUCCGCGGCGCUCUAUCACGCACGCUCAACACCCCUCGGCGACCUGCUCGAUCUGGACUCGAUCAGGAACCUGGACGCCUUCGCUUCAUCAAUGCGCCAAAGAAUCGAGCAACACGGCUGUGCAUCGCUACUCAUAGAUUGGUACAAAGCACUCAUUACCAAGAUGGAUCAGCGUGGAGCGGACAGAUUCAAGCAACUGAUCGAACUCGCAGGUCAACUCGAAGACGAGGGUAGAACCGAGAUCGGAACGCUGAUUCAUCGGGCCAAUACGAAGAAAGUUGAGGAGCCGGGAAGAUCACAGGUCCGUGUCAUCACGAUCCAUAGAUCGAAGGGGCUUGAGUUUGAUGCGGUGGUAAUGCCACUGCUUGGACAAGCGUGGUCGAUCCGCCCCGAUUCGAUCCUUGCGACACGCGACGAUCCAAUGAGCGAGAUCACAAAGAUCACGCCGUAUCCAACCAAACUGCUCCAGCGGGUCCAUCCCGGACUCAAAGCGAUGCACGAUGAAUGCCUCGCCAAGCAGAUCAACGAAGAGCUGUGCUGCCUCUAUGUCGCGAUGACCCGCGCCAAGUCCGCGUUGCACAUGAUCGUCCCGGCAGACAAGGAUGGAAGGAAGGGUGAUGUGACCGAGAAGCUGAAGCUCACACCAGCUUAUAUUAUUCUCGCUGCACUCGCCCCAGAAGCUGUGUGCGCUCCGGGGGACAUCUUGUUUGAAUCAGGUGCCCCAGACUGGAUCGCGAGCGCCGAGCACGAAAAUCAGGACCAGAGAAUCAACGAAGAGAUUACCCUAGAAAUACGCAGCAGAACUUCACAACAGACCGCUCUACUCACCAUGGGAUCCCCAUCAUCUCUUAAGCUCAAACCAUCACCAUUGGAUAUUGAUCCUACUACGGGCAGCACCAACCAUGGCAUGCUCAUCGGAUCGUGUGUCCACGAACUGCUCGAGCAAAUCAACUGGAUUGACGAUCCUACACAUGACCUCCAUUCAAUUGCAGUACCCAAUCAAUCCGGAAUCUAUUCUGAAUCAGUGCUGAGCAUAUCAAAACAGAUCGUUGAGCAGGCAUUUCAAUCGGAUCAGAUCCAUGCACUGCAUGAUCGCGACACUUGGAUCAAAGGGCACCCCAAUACCCAAGAACCAACUGUGUAUCACGAACGCCCAUUCGCACUACGGAUGCGGAUCGAGAACGAGGACCGCUUGAUACAAGGGAGAUUCGAUCGGCUUGUGAUCGCUCGAACUGAGCAAGGCAUCCAGAGCAUCCAACUCGUCGACUACAAAACUGACGCGGAUGCUUCCGAACUCGCCGAUGAUGUACUCAUCGAGCGUCAUGGAUCACAGAUGGAAGUCUAUCGACAAGCGCUGUGUGAAAUAUACCGCGUUGAUCCGAGCAUCGUAGAAUGUGUCCUCGUCUUCACGGCCCGCCCCGGAACUAUCAAGCUCUGA